AUGAUCAAGUUUAGAGCGUUCACUAAAAAGCUUUCAGGCAGUUUCGACGGUUCCAAUUCGACCCAGAAACGGUCCGUGUCGGACUAUGAUCGCAAACCCGCCAACGUGAAGUCAAAUCGUUCACUCUUACGCAGAAGAGCAGUCUCGUCGACUCGUGAGAUCGACACCAAACUGCCACCUCUGCCAAAGCAGGAAUACGUGCUUUCGGGGCAAAAGACAGGAGCUCAGCACACCGGUGCAGAGCACACGUUCUCACAGGGCAGCAAAAUAAGCAGCAACGGGAAAUAUUACAUAUACGACUCAACGUCAUUCGAGGCAUCGUCCAAGAGUAAUGAUGACAGUGUGGAUCCGAGCUUCCACAUCCUUCAGAUCGCAGACGGGAUUAACCCAGUAUCGGCUCGCGAGGUCUUGUCAGCUCUGAUUAAACACUUCAAGGAAACGCUAAUUCAGCACAAUGCGGGAGAAAUCGAAAAGGACACCAGCAGUAUCAAGGCCGCAAUGGAAAUCUUCAAACCCAACCUAUCGCAUUACGUACCGCACGAAAUUAAGGAGACCGAGGCAAUUCUAGAGUCACUAUUUCCUCGAGCAGGUUGCUCGCUUGCAGGCGACGCGUUGGACUCUGCAAUCAAGACCAAAAUAUCAUCUUCCAAGAGUAAGCUCAUACUGUCGUUGCGCAUUUUAUGGUCGCGAUUGCCACGCGGAAUCGUCCCAUGGGAGUCUUACCUCAAGUUUUGCACAGUUGAGUCCAAACAGAAUUUCUCCAAGAUGUGUUUCCGCAAUUUCAUGCCUCAAAUUCUCCCUGACUCGGAUUACACGCGCUGUGCGUUUGAGUUCAUCGAUCUUCUACUGGCGAUCAUCUCCAAAGUGGAUCUCGUUGUCGACAAAGUCGCUCAGAUGGAUCUGAUCUUUACAGCUGCUCAAGUGGUGUUCGUGAAAACACCCGAGCUUCUCAACUACAUUAAUCGUAAGUCAGACCAUGACGACGACUGCAUUACUCUCGCAAAGCUAUAUCGCGCCCGUGGGGAGGCGCUCUAUCGGUUGUUCGUAUCGUUUCUUAACUCUUUGGCCGAAGAAGGGGAAAUCAAAGACUUUUACCUAAUAGACAACUUCCGCAUCAACGAAUACCCACCCAAGCCCUACAAGCCUUUGACCCAGCGAGCAUUGACUUUAACCAUCCCUCAACUCUGGGACCCUGAAAUCAAUAGCUUCAAUGAACUGAUAAGAGUGUCAGCAAAGGCUCAAACGAGAAUGUACUCUUCCCAUCACGCUUUUUCCAAAUUAGAAAACUCAUUCUUGGAUAAAUACGAGGACAAUCCUUAUAAGGUCGUCAGUACUCUAUUUUCCAGGUCUUCGAAGCGCUAUCUCGAUAAAUUCGAUCCUUCAUUCGAUGCAGAGUUUUUCAAGACCUUGGUAAAGAAAAAUGCGGGAAACUCUACAUUGGGCCCAGGCGAUCAGCUCCCGGUAGCCACCUGGAUUAAUUCAUGCAAAGAAAGUGGAUUUAAUGACUUUCUUUCGGUUCUCGACGAUAAUAACCACGGUGAAGGCACUUUGGCACUGGGAUAUAGUUUCCCCAAAGUGAACAAUGAGGAUUCCGAGCGCCUGCCACCUCUACGCGUCUCCAAAGUGGACAUUUCGGAGAGCUUUAUCUCCUCUUGGAAAUACGAGACGUUUCUUGGUAAGGUGCAUAACACUCUGGUCAUCAAACUAACCAAAAGAGUAGGCGAUUGCGAGUGGCUCAUCAUUGCAAUGGACGACAGAACCGACAAGGAAGGCUACACAGCACCUUUCAAACCACGAGAACCUAGUAACGCAAGUGGAAAAUCUUCGGUAGGUUCAGUUGGUCGAAAAUCCCACGCCGCUUCAACCAGUGAUCCCAUCGCCAAGCCGAGACCCCCACCUCCUAUCUUAUUAGGAGAACCAUCAUCUUCUCCACUAAUAAGCUCCGCCAAUGGAAGAUUUGCUGAUCAGCCAAGCUCCGGUUUCAGUUCAAGGCCAUCGUCGGGUUUCAGUACUUCUUUCGCAAAGGCACAUAUGAAAACAAGCUCAACUCACUCGAGAAAAGUGAGCGCUUGCGAGUCACCGCUUCAACACUCGUCACCAAUGUUUAGUGCUAAAGAAGUUUUCACGCCAACAACACCGAAAUCUAAACUCUCACCAAGGGGAGAACAGUGCCCCAAUGUUCCUUCAACGAUUGACGAGGGGAAAACGGAUGCCAAAGAUCGUGAAGUUUCUAGCUUAAGCUCCUCCCAUCCUAGUUUGCCAGGAAAGGUCAACGAAGCCGAUGUAAGCUCUACAGGGCGCACAGCCCUGGAGAAUUUAGCCGAUACAUUUAAGAAUGACAAGAAAAAUGAGUCUUCUAAAUCAUCGAUUGUCUCUGGAGUAGAAGGUAAACUCAGUGCAUCAGAGGUUGAGCAAUUAGAGAAUGAUUCACAGCUUUCUGAACAGAUCCCUAUAUCUGACGAAGAAGAAAGUACUGAGGUUGUUUCUACCGGUGACAAUGCUUCGUCGACUCCUUUGCCCGCCCUUCUUGACUUUCACAAGUUGGAGGACACUAUUUCCACACCGUUUAAUCGAGACGCCAUCGCGCAUGAUUCACCGAUUGGAGCUCAGAACUCUUUUGCUGGUUCACCAGAGAGUGUAACUAUCAUCCCACACACCACCAACACGACCAUAAACUCUACGGAAACUACGCAGGUGGAUGUUAUCGAAGACCACAGCGAUAAAGGCACGAAGUCCGACGCCUUCCCGGAGUCGUCGUCAAAGUCAUUGUCUGGGGGUCUCCAGAGUAAGAUGCUUCAACACGAUGAGGGCACCGAUAAUCUUUUGAACGACCUACUAGAGAAUUAUAACACAUUAAGCGCGGAGCCUAUUAACCAAGAAAAUGGACCAACGGUUUUUGAGCGAGUCAAAGUGUACUACGAGCAAGAGGGCUAUGGUAAAAGUGCUGCACAAACGGAAAUCAUGCCACAGGAAAUAGUACAACAGCAGGAACCGAGCCAGGGCGAAAUUAGUGGAACGACAACACCCGCUACUCAGUUUUCAAAAAUUGGUUCCAUGAGUUCCAGAAAUGGUACCUGGUUUAGUUGCAACGUAACUCCUCCAAACAAGCCAAGCAAGAUAAGAAACUUCAAGAACCUGAAACUGGGAAGCAUUAAAAGGGCGCAACCACAAGUGGGUAAAUUUGACGAAAUCGAGAAUAACAACCACAUUGACGAACACGACGCAGACGAGCGCGACACUGAUUCAGACCAAGGUGAUGGGCUUCUGUACGAAAGCGUUAGCGAAAAUAGCGAGAUACCCGACCAAGACGGCGUGUGGCUAGAGGCCAGUAGCAAACCUUCCUCGCCAGUGGAGCUAAUAUCUCCUUCCCACAUUACGUUCAGGAACGUUAUGAUGCGGACCAAGCGCAGUUUACGGAACUUGAAAGCAAAUCAGCAGCAAUAG